AUGUGCUCUGAUUCGGAUCCUUUAACCGAAUUUUUGUCGCUUGUUCCUUAUGGUGACCGCAAACUUGCUACUUCAGCUAUUCUUAGUCUACGGUCUAGAUUGAAUGAGCAUAUUGAUUUACGUGCUUCAAUAAAUGGCCCUCUUCAUCAAAUCAAACGUUUGAAGCAGAUAUUUACGCAUACACCAAUCUCACUAAGACGAUCCAUGAGGUCGAAAAUAAUGGCAGCACUCGAGCAAUGUAUGGAAAGCUCUGAAGCCUCAGCUGUUUUUGUAACACUUCUCGUGAUUAUUGAGGCUAACAGCCUCCGGAAUCCUGACCGAAGUGAUUUGGAAACGGCUGAUAUCGUUAACUGUCUGCCUCCUCUGAACUCUCUCAUAGGCAAACUUACACAGACUCUUCAACUACAACGAAGCAAUUUACUCUCACUUCGUGCCUGGACUAUUGCAAUGCUUGUUUACACCUAUCGCCAGUGCCUUAUUUGGUGCUCUCGACAAGAUUGUCUUGACCUAGAGGAACUACCCCUUCAAGAACGUGUUCCAUUGGAUUCUGAACUUUAUUCCUCACCAUGUGUUCCCAAGUUGCUCAAAAUUGCCCUUGAUUGCCAAGUGAAUAAUCUUCUUGUUCCUACUCCUAAAGAUGAUUAUUUACUAAGUGAUUUAUUGUUGGCGAGCGCCUUCUCUGACAGCACUGUAAAGUACGUUGAACAGCAUGAUGAAAAUAGCGUUUAUAAUAUGCUAGAAAACCACCUUGAUUCUGCUUGCGGUGCUCUCAAGCCGACUACCCAUUUAAAAGUCAAUACGGAUCUCAAAUCUUUGCCUUCGACCUCAGAUGUUCAUAAUUCCCUUAUAGCAUCGAAUCUGUUAAAGGUGCAGGAGUAUCUACAAAUAUUUGAAAGACAGAUAUUAGACAAUCCACCACUUCACGAUGACUUAAAACAGAUUUGCAAGGAGCUUAUUCUCGGUGCUCCUGCCAUUCUCCUUCAAUCAGCAAGUGAACUUGAUGGAAGCUCUGAAACCUCAGAAGAUUGCGAAUCAAUUUAUUGCAGCUUCCUCUGUGGAUUUCUUCAUGUCUGGAUCUACGCUUUGGAAAAGCGCCUCAUUUUUGAAGACAUACCACAGUCUUACCUUUACCUGUGUGGUUUCACCAAUGUCAAAUUUCAGGCUAUGCGGUUGAAAGAUUUCAUUCAAACCGUCGGACUCGUGGCACAAUUUCUUACCGUUUACCUUCGUGUGUUUAGAUCAAAUGUUCUCGCAUCUCCACACUGGUUUUUGCAAAUGCUCUCCGAUUGUGUUACUGCGAUCAUCGAUCGCCUUUCCUCAGGUAGUACUCCUACCGGUCGUACUGUUGUCUUGUCACAGCGUGGCAUAACUUCUGUGGACGAUGAAGAACUCACGAUUCUGGAGUACGCCGUAUCUCCGUGCAUUGCUGCAGUGAGCAGAACUUGGAUCAGCUUGCGAGCAGACGAACCAGACUCACGACCGGAGCUGUCACGAGCUGUUAAGGGUAUCCUUGAUAUUAUAGCGGUACGUAUUGCAGCGGCAACGGUUCCCCAGGCUGGCGGGAAGCAAAAGAAGUGGCGGGAUCAGUUCCCAGCCAACGCUCAUCGGGAGUGCUCGGCUCUAAGACCACGGAUGCGACAUAUGUUGAAUCAGGGUUUGGUCUUCCCUAUCCUUGAUAUGGUUGAUCCCUGGGCACUGCAGCAGUCACGUGUUGGGUUGAAGCCAGCGGCGGCCUGCGAAGUGCUACGCACCCUGGUGACGAGUCACAGGGAGAGAGAGCGUUUGGCGAACGGAGAGCGGGGCACAUCGGCAGCGGUGACAGCGUCGGGCUCUGUGGGCUCUGGUCGCCACGGCGUGGUCACUGCUCCAGCGGCUAUCGGUGGUCUCUCUGGGGGACGUCUUAAAGCGAAGGCGGUAGCAAAAAGACAACAACAGGGCAUGGACGCCGCAUCUAUUAAAGGCGCUGCACAAAGGCGAUUAAAGUUGGAGAAGCAGAGGGAGAUUUUACAGAAGAAGCGUCAACAGAAGCACGCUCACGAGGUACAGUCCUUACAGGCCAAGUCUUUCAAUUCUUUGGUGGAUUUCGGUCCGAUAAGUCCUCGAUCGACUGUAAAGACACCCAGUCGUGAUUCGCAAACCCCGGCUUCUGAAAAUUUUGCAUACGAUGGUCCACAGGCCUUCGAGUUGGGCAACCCUGACCUUCUCGAUCCUCCCAUCCAGGUCCUGCGGGUCAGUGGUGAUAAGAACGACACGGCUGCUCCCACCAUUGCCACUCCAAAGUCUUCCUCGAGAGAACACACGGACACCCCAAAGACCUACCAGGCGAUUCACAUUCCACCCAUUCGACCGGUGAAGUUGCCACUGCCUAAAACACCCCUAACGGGAACAGACCGAAGGUCGCUUUUUGAGUCUAUGGAAUUGGAGGAGGUGGAGGAGGAUAUAUCGACUGCAGCAGUGAAGUUGAGGUCGAAAGUGGAGAGGCGAAAGGUACGAUCUGUGACUCGUAGACAAGUCAAAGCGCCUCUCAGACCGCACAGCGCUAUGGAGGCAUCGCAGAGACCUCCGAUCAAGACAAAUAACCUCAUCGACUUCGAUAAGGCUGAUAUCCUUGUCAUGGAGACGUCUGUGGCGUCUGCUACCGCAGUUCGCUCGGUUACACCUUCGACGAAACACAGACGUGUCCGUAAACAUGAUGGAGUGGGUUCAACGGAUGACAAUGAGUGCAAGAGAGUUGGUGUUGUGUCUCAAGACAUCCUCGAGAAAAGUCGAUCUAGUAAGCCUCGCUCCCCUCGCAGACCCGCUCAUGUCCGUGAUGCCGCUGUGGCGAGCAAUCUCGGGGAGGAAUUGAAGACCCCUCGAGCAGAGAGGGUGGAACAAAAAAGUCCAGCCAAACACCUCACCUCGCCGGUUCUUAGUGCACGAAGCAGGGUAGAUAGGAAGGAAGUCGCAUCUCCUAUCAAGAGAACAGGUUCAAAGGGAAAAGAGAAGGUGGUUUCAUUAAAAGAUGACCUAGUUCAAGAUGCGUCAAUCAAAUCGACAAUAACUCGCAUCUUCAGCGCUGGAGAUGAUGUCGAGGAGUUUAUUACAACCCCAGCCCCAAAGGGUGUGACUGUGUGCUGUCGAAUAAGUCGAGACAAGCACGGCUUAGAGGGCGGUCUCUUCCCCAGCUACUUUCUCCACCUGGAGCGACAGGAGGACGGUCGCCGAUUCUUCCUGCUCGCAGCUCGUCGAAAGCGCCGUGCCACGACCUGCAACUAUCUAAUCUCCCUCGACGCCACUGCCCCCUCCACCACCACCUCCUCCCCUCUCGACGCACCCGGUGAUGGCAGGUUAAACGUCGGCCAUCUACGCUCUAACUUCCUCGGCACUCAGUUCGUCCUCCUCUCUAGCCGUAGAAAAUACGCUGGUCUGCAUACCUCCACUGGUCAUCCCGAUGUCGAACUCGCCGGUGGUGACUGGUCCAAAGAAAUCGCUACUAUUAGCUAUGUAAGCCUGAUAGCAUCUCUCCUCACGUCUCAGUAG